UGACUGAUAAGAAUUGCUUAUAAAUAAAUCACACGGGACUGAUUUGUGAUACAAUCGAGACGCCAAAAAGUUAAAAGAAUAUCACUGAGCAUCACGACGAUAAGUUGAAAAUGCUGUUGUUAUUGAUUACUGUAAUAGCAACGUAUAGUUCGGUGACGUGUAAGAUGACGUCCGACGAUAUUGAACGUACGCUGUCAGCGUUAGCUGAGAAAAACGAAGCGUUGGAAUAUGGUUUGAACACUCUCCGGAAUGAACUUGAACUCGAGAGACAACACAACGAACGUUUAAGGAAUGAGAUGAUGUCGAUGGCUGACCAAUUGAAAAAGCACGACACCCUGGUGAAUUCAAUGAACAUGAGUAGUAUAAAGCGUCAGCUUACGGACGUCACAGUUGCGUUUACUGCCACCAUAAGACCGCCGAAUCUGACCGGUCUGAACUCAGGGCAACCGAUCAUUUUUGACCGGGUGAUAACCAAUUCAGGAACAGCCUACGACUCUGGCACGGGUAUAUUCACCGCCCCUGUACGAGGAUACUACGUGUUUCACAUGGACAUUCUGAUGGAGCCCGGGGAAAACGAAUAUCUGCAAUUUGUAAAGGAUGGCGCCCAUAUCCUGUACAACUUCAUCCAAGCAACUGGCUCACUCAAUGACGUCAGUGGGAGCCGCACGGUAGUGGUGGAACUCGAGCGUGGAAAUAAGGUCUGGAUCAGAACGGUCACGUCUGGGCAUCACGGAAGUGGGACGCUCCAUGGCAACGAGUUCUCGACGUUUUCCGGUUGGCUGGUUGCUGUCAAUGAAUGAAUUCGAAUUCGAUGAAUAAAAUUCGAACUAAAAGCG